GAAACCCAUUCCCGGGUUAUCCGCUACGGCAAAAUGCACGCUAUCCAGGCCCUUUCCUUCCUCACGACCUCUCUUCCUUCCAAACCCCUCCUUAAACCCCCGACAGCCCAAAAAUCCCAUUUGCCCGCCAAACGCUUGAACUUACAUCUUACCUACUCCUACUCCUCCGACGAGUUCCCCGUCGGCGACAACGACGCAUUCCUCGAGUCCUUCGGGGCCAAGUCGACAGAGUCCGAAGAGGAAGCCCGCAGAAAGAACUGGAUCGAGAGGGGAUGGGCCCCUUGGGAAGAGAUCCUCACCCCCGAAGCAGAUUUCGCCCGGAAAUCCCUCAACGAAGGUGAGGAGGUGCCCCUACAGACCCCCGAGGCAAUCGAGGCUUUCAAGAUGCUGCGGCCCAAGUACCGGAAACAGAAGAUGAAGGAGAUGGGCCUCACGGAGGAUGAGUACUACGCCAAGCAGUUUGAGAUUAAGGGCGAGAUCCCGGAGCCUUUGAAGACUUUGUGGAGUGGGCCGCUGGUGUUGGGCCUCGUGCCGCCCAGAGAUUGGCCGCCUAGGGGUUGGGAGGUGGACAGGGAGGAGCUGGAGUUCAUUCGUGGGGCCCACAAGCUGCAUUCAGCCAUCAGGUUGGAUUACGAGAAGCUGGACGAGAGGGCGGAGAAGGUGAAGGAUACGGGGGAUAUGAGCUUCGAGAGGUAUAAGGUGUUCUUGAAGCAGUACAACGAGUGGGUCGAGGCCAACAGGGAUAGGUUGGAGGAGGAAUCCUAUGAGACCAAGAUUAUUAUCCCGGCAGGAGGAAAAGGGGAAAGGAUUAUAAAGAGGACAUGUAUGAGCUUCCGUAAAGUAACAGCUAUACAACUUUAUCAAGGAGCAUUUGUUGACAUUGGAGGCGUACAUGAUGGGUGGGUCCCGAUCAGGCGGAAUGACUGGUAUUGGAUCCGACAUCACAUCAAAGUUGGCAUGCAUGUCAUUGUUGAGAUUGUGGCAAAAAGAGAUCCGUAUCGAUUUCGAUUCCCUAUUGAGCUACGGUUUGUCGAACCCAAUAUAGAUCACCUAAUAUUCCACAAAUUUGAUUAUCCCCCAAUAUUUCACCGCGAUUCUAAUCCAGAUGAAUUACGACGUGACAGUGGAAGACCUCCUAUACCAAGAAAAGAUCCUGGAAUCAAAUGGGAAGAGGAACCUUUAUUGUCAAAUCACCCAUAUGUUGAUAAGUUAUGGCAGAUACAUAAUGCUGAGCAGAUGAUCCUGGAUGAUAUGGGGGCCAAUCCUGAUAAGUAUAAAGACAAAAAGUUAUCAGAGUUGACUGAUGAAGAAGAGUUCGAUGAGGAGAAUAGUGUUGAGUAUGGAAAAGCAUACUAUAAGAAAGCACUACUCCCAAGAAUAACGCUGAAAACAAGUGUAAAGGAGCUUGAUCUGGUAGCUGCACAUGCUGAGCGACAGGUCCACAUAAAACUAUGGAAAGAAGCUGCAGAAAGAGGAGAGGAAUACAAAAUCACUAAGCUAAGGCGAAAUGAGGAAAUGGACGAAUAUGACUUCAUUCACUGGCGCCGAUCAUUUGAAGAAAGAGAAGCCCUCCUCCGUGAUAUUAGCUGGUACGUGGACCCCAGCUACUUUGGAAAAGACGAAUAUGACCAAGAUAACCCUCUUUACCGAUAUGACUAUUGGGGGGAGCCCAAAAAUUCGGAGAAGAGCAAGCAAGACCGAAUGAUGGAUGCCCACAACAAGUCUAUUGUCGGCAAA